GACCAGACCCGAACAAAGCAGAGCAGCGGACAGAUCAAAUCAGGACAGGCAUGCUGAACUAGGCGAGGUGGACUGGGCGAGCGAGCGAGAUGGAGUGGACGACGGUGGAGACGAGGGACGGCGCGAAGCUGAGCGUGCGGCUGUUCAAGCCCCCCGCGUCCGGAACGGGGUUGGAGCCGGAGCCGAGGGAGGAUGUGGCGGUGGUGCUGGUGCAUCCCUACACCAUCCUCGGCGGCGUGCAGGGCCUGCUGCGGGGGAUGGCGGAGGGCGUCGCGCGGCGGGGUUACACCGCCGUCACCUUCGACAUGCGCGGCGCGGGCCGGUCCACGGGGCGGGCGUCGCUCACGGGCUCCACCGAAGUCGGGGACGUCGUCGCCGUCUGCCGAUGGGUCGCAGAGAACAUCAAGCCGCGCGGCAUCCUCCUCGUCGGAUCCUCAGCUGGGGCACCAAUUGCCGGAUCUGCAGUUGAUAAAGUGGAUGAAGUGAUUGGUUACGUUAGCAUCGGGUACCCCUUUGGUCUGAUGGCCUCAGUCCUAUUCGGAAGGCAUAAUGAUGCUAUACUCAAGUCUGAAAAACCAAAGCUUUUCAUCAUGGGGACCAAAGAUGGCUUCACCAGUGUGAAACAACUGCAAAACAAGCUCAAAUCUGCAGCUGGACGGGCUGAUACACACUUGAUUGAAGGAGCUGGGCACUUCCAAAUGGAGGGCCCUGCUUUUGAUGCCCAGAUGGUAGAAAUUAUUAUUAAAUUCAUUAAUUCCUUGCCAAAAUAGCAUUUAUGGUGACUGUUUGAGAGUUUGCAAAAAUUCUAGCGAUGAGCAAAGCUUGUUAUUUAAAUACAGCCACGAUGGUUUGUAUUUUCUCAUCCUGCAUAUGUGUGCUCUCUGGUGUUAUUGAAACAGUGUAACUGUGUGUGUUGUAUCUUAAUAUAUUCUGAUCCCGCACCUCCCCAAAAAACAAAGCCGAUACAAUCUCAAGUUCAAAA